CCCUCCGUGGUUGAAAAAGUUCGCUCACACAGUUUGUAGCCACACACGAAAACAAAAACCUAAACUCCGUCUCCAAUAAAUAUGACGCCUUCGAAAUGUGCAUUUACUCGUUCACCAAAGACGGGGCAACCGUUUGCAGCUCUAUUGUUCUCGCUAGAUAGGUUUCAGGGAGAAACCCAGACCCGACCCCUUCGCCCCCCGCUUUCCAAACGCGCGGUGACCCGGAUGCAGUCGGGCUGCGGAUCGAGGCCCUGCGCUCCCGGAGCUGCUGGCCAGUCGAGCGAGAUUUCCAAGGCUGGGCGACGGGAGAGCAGCUGGCUCGGCUUGUUUGCUCUCUGUUUACCAGCGUUUUCGCCGGAUUUCGUUCCCUACGACGCGCGGACUCGGCAGGCACAAAGGACGACAGCGAGAAGUUGGUGAAAAAAAUUGUCGAAGGGGGUGUUGUUGUUUUUUUUUUUGCGGGGAAAAGGGAGAAAGCAACCGCUUGUGAAGUUUGGAGCUUGUUUUUUUUUUUGGCGCUCUGGCACGUAGAGGGAGAGGAGACGGAGUUGGGCUUGGGGUUGGUUUCUUUUUCCUCCUCUCCUUCGAGUCGGGAAAAGGGAUUUACGCAGCACAGCUACACGGGCGCACGGGAGUCCGGGACGCACGUCUCCAGUGGGACUUCUCCGCGACUUUCCCCGAGCCUCCGUUUCCCGCUCACAUCAUCAGAAGUGUGGUGGCGUGAUGGUACAGUGAAGUAUGACUGUGGUCCAGGUGCUGGGCAAGGGACCAGGAAUAUUGAUGGCCAGAUCUAGAGAUCAAAUGGUCUUCUGAAGAAGCCAUGGGUAGCUGCUGUAGCUGUCCAGAUAAAGAGUCUAUCCCAGAUAACCAUCAAAACAAGUUUAAGGUGACCAACGUGGACGACGAUGGCAACGAGCUGGGCUCUGGCGUGAUGGAGCUGACGGAGACGGAGCUGAUUUUGCACACCCGCAAACGCGACGCCGUGAAGUGGCCUUACCUUUGCCUCCGGCGCUACGGAUACGACUCCAACCUCUUCUCCUUCGAGAGCGGGAGGCGGUGCCAGACUGGCCAAGGUAUAUUUGCAUUUAAAUGUGCCCGUGCAGAGGAGAUAUUCAACAUGCUCCAGGAAAUCAUGCAAAAUAACAGUAUAAGUGUGGUGGAGGAACCAGUGAUGGAGAGAAACCCCAGCCAGACAGACCCAGACAUCCCCAGGACACCCCGAACCCCAACUACUCCGGGUUUCGUGGCUUCCACACUGCCCAAUGGGUGCCCACGGUACCCCUCCUUCGGCGACGCCUCAUCACGCCCCUCCAGCAGACACCCCUCGGUGGGGAGCACCCGGCUUCCCUCCGUGGGAGAGGAGUCAACACAUCCUCUCUUGGUCGCCGAUGAACCGGUCCACACGUACGUGAACACCACGGGGGUGCCGGAGGAGCGGCGGAAUCGCUGCAGCGCCCCGGCGCCUCUGGACCUCCGGCUGUCCAGCCCCGAGAGCGGCGCCAGCGGGCCGCUGGCUUCGCCGGACGAGCGCGAGCCCCACGUGCUGCUGGAGCCCGACGCGGUCACGUUCGUCCUGGGGCCCACGCCGGUCCAGAGGCAGCUGAUGGAGAAGGAGAAGCAGGAGAAGCUGGGCCUGGAGAAGGCGAGCGGCGCCGGCGGGGGUGAGGCCGCGGAGCCCGCGGGUCCCGUGAACGGGGUGGCCGCAGGCAGCGCCGGCACCAACCCCAACCCCGCGGACUGGGACACGGGCUACGACAGCGACGAGCGCAAGGACGGCCCGCCUACCAAUAAACUGGUGUACGAGAACGUCAAUGGCUUGGCUCUGCCCAGUGCCCCUGCAGGCCGCAGGUGCAGGAUGCCCAUCCCAACGCCAAAUAGUGUGGACUCUCAGAACGCUAAUAAUUCUGCACAGAGGAGAACUGCUCUUCUGAACUAUGAGAACCUCCCCUCCCUGCCUCCUGUCUGGGAAGCCCAAAAACCCAACAAGGAGGAGGAAGACAGUUUUGGACCAAAGACGCCAUCUCUGAAUGGCUACCAUCACAACCUGGACCCCAUGCACAACUACGUCAACACGGAGAAUGUAACGGUCCCCCUGAGUGCCCACAAGCUGGAAAGCGCGCGGCGCCGGGAUUGCACCCCAACAGUAUUUAACUUUGACUUUAGGCGGCCCAGUCUGGAGCACAGACAGCUCAACUACAUUGAGGUGGAGAUGGAGAGAGGCAGUGAUUCAGAUAACCCUCAGACCCCCAAAACCCCCACUACCCCUCUCCCACAGACUCCGACUCGCAGAACAGAACUGUAUGCAGUGAUAGACAUCGAGCGGACUGCUGCCAUGUCUAGUUUGCAGAAGGCACUGCCACGCGAUGAUGGUACUUCAAGGAAAACACGACACAACAGUACUGACCUGCCUAUGUGAGCCUAGAUAGCACUGUGUGAAGUUGCACCUUUUUUUCCAGAUAAAAACAAAACUCUUAAGGACAGAAGGGCUUCAGAUAUAUUUUACUUUCUUUUCCAAAUACAGUAGCUUUUGGAGACUUUAAGCUAGUCAUGGAUUUACACUGUACGUUGUGCUGACUUUAAAGGGAAUUAAAGUAGACCAGGUACUUGCCAUGUAACACUAUCUUAUUCUAUGAUGAUCUGAUAUUUUCUGGGGGUGGGGGUUGGUUGUUCUAAACAUUCCUUUUUCGGUGACUCUGUGAUUUGGUGGAAUAAGAAAAAAAUCUCCAAAAUGAGAUUUAAUGAUCAUCUUUGUCCCAUUUCCAGCGGUGUCUUGCCAUUGAGGACAUCAGAUUGCUCUCCAAGUGGCCCCUCGUGAUCUAAAAUUGAACAUCAGUUCACUCUCACUUGUAAAACAAUAGCCAGCAGUUAAAAAGAACGACAGCAGUUUCUGUGAAGGUUAGCCAGUCAUGUUCAUCUGUAUGUUGGCCAGGAGUGAUUUUCCGCAGGUUAUUCUGUCAUGUGACUUCCAUUUGACUACCAUGUAAUUUAGCCAGAAGGAGAACAGGUUUAUUGUUGCUGUAGUCUCUCAUGUUAAGGUGGAUUCUGUCCCUGGUUAGACCCGAGAUGCUUCUGUGGUACGGUCUGCAGUAAGUUCCUGUUUGAACCACUCUAAAAGGUGCUCCUUGUGUGGAUUAUUCCAUUUAUUAAUCCGUAGGUUUUAGACUAUGAACAGGACGUGUUAGAAGAAGCAUCUUGUAUAAAUUCUCCCCUUUUUUUUUGCUCAUAAAACAUGGCAAAUUAGUUGUCUUGAGAUUGUCAUUAAAGAGAUACUAUACAGCAAGAAUACUUGUGCUGACGCUGGAAGAAGGUGGUGAUAGACUUCUUGCGGCUAAAGUGGAAUUAAAUUAUUGUACUGCUGGAUCUUUCACGGGAUCAAAUGUUACAUUGUUCAAAACAUUUUUAUUUCUAUUUGACUCGCCACUGAAGUUUUUCUCCAUCUGUCUCUAUAUUAAUGUUAUAUAUCUAAUUUUGUAGGUGUGUAUACUUAUUGCACUGAAUGUGUUACGGUUAAACGAGCUGGGAAGGCAUGGGCCAUAUGAACCGGGUUGGUUUUGUCACGGCGCGCCACUGGUGUCUUGGUAAAAGUCAGCAAUGUCUUCAAUUUUACUUUUCUAUUCACUUUUCUUGAAUAACACAUUACAUGCUGUUGGUUUUUUACCUGUUCAGUUUCAGUACCUGAAGAACCCAUUUUGUUUACUGACAGUGCAUCUCCACUGCGUAUCUGCCGAAUUUCACAUUCUUUGAAAGGAAACGGUACAUUUACCUUCUGAAUGUGUGCUAAAAAGAUUGUAGGCUGCUUUCUCAUUGUAAGAGCAAUUGUGUUUGAGUUCCACCUAAUAAUACUCUCUCUGUACCUCUGGACAAGCAGGCAUGUUUAUUCUGCCUUCUGCAUGCAAGCUGGAAAAAACGCUUUGAUAAAAUCAUUGCAGCUGUUUAAAUUGAAACAUUCGUUGUAUCUUAUCCAUAACUAGAAAUCAUGAAUAAUUUUUUGGCAGGUCUGCUGGCUGACUUUUAGGUACCCACCAGUAAGAUCAAGUGUCCUUAUGGGAAUGAUAAUGGCAGCAAAAAAAAAAGUUUACCAUAUAUGAAACUGUCAGACAUUUUCAUAGUAUUUUAAGUCUCAAGACAAAUGUUUCAUCAGUUACCUUGUAUUAUAUUGUAAGAUUUAUUAUAUGUUCUAACAUGCAUUAUUAAAAAUGAUAGUUUUUCUACCUACCAUAAAAAUGCCUAAAUGUAGGAAGUGUGUAUAAAAGUAGUUUAAUAGAUUUUGUUUAUUAAAUCAAUUAAAUUGUAGUUUAAAACAAAAACCCUUGCCAAACCAUUUUUUGGAAACGAUGUUCCUUGAACAAAUGCCUUUGGGGUUCAUUAUAGGUGAAAAUUUUACUCUUCAAUUGUUUUGUUAUCUCUUCCCUGUGUUAUUCAGGAGAAUAACUAUGCACCAAAUGAACCAACACACACAGAGCUAUACCACUGUCAAGUACAAACAUUUAAUUUAAAUGUAUUUUGAUGUUUGCAUUUUUCAGGUAUGGAUAUUGGUUCACCAGAAUGGUCCAAUUUUUUAAAACAAAUGUUAUGAGGAAAAAAAGUGUAUUUUGUGAUAUCUACAUCUUGUCAAAUGCCAUCUGUGCCAACAUUAUUUUUUGUAGCAUGGCAAUAAAAACAAUCUACAAUGUU